GCGUACCCAGACAGCGACAGCCACAGCUGCCCGCACCACCCCUGCCGGCUUCUUAUCUCAGGUGGACAUGGCCUACAGGGGCCACACCCGACCCAGCUCCCCGACUCAGGCCCUGCAACUGACCCUGGCAUGGUUCCUGUUGGUGGCUUGUGAAGGAAGUCGCCCACUCCAAGGACAGCAUCCAGCAGGGGAUGCCCAGGCUUCUUCAAUUCCCCAGCCUUACCUGAGGAUCCAAGACCCUGGCUCGCACAAGAGGCCCCAUUUGCUGGGACCCUGCUGCCCCUUGGAGAUGGACGCAACAGGAACACUGAGCCCGGCUAGCUCCCCUGAUGGCUGUGGGCCACCCAGCCCUGGGUACGCGAGCUGCGAGUCGGACCCCACCUGCGGCCCCACGUGGCUCCCGCUCCGGGAGAAGAGGAGCUGCGAGACUCGCUGUCCCACCUACGGGCAGGCCUUCGCCGACGGCGCGGCCCUCUGUGUUUCGGCUCUGGGCCCGGCCGUGCCCGUGGCGGCCCCGGGAGCCCGUCCCUGCCUGGACGUGUCGGGGUGGGCGCCCCCUCGGCCCAGGGCGGCCCGCAGGGCCCGGCGCACCCGCCGCGCGCACCCUGCCGUCUCGGAGGCGGUGGGCAGCGGCAGUGGCAGCGGCAGCGGCGGCGGCCCUUAG